AUGGAUGCACUGCGAGCUUGUAGUUGGGUCCUAGUCACCGCGCUUCGGAGCUUCAGGGUACAGCGUUAGCAAGGUUCAGCACGGAUAGCGUCAUUCCUGCUUUGUCCCCAACCAUAGCCCCUCUAACAUCCCGUUGCUGAUGGAUCUAUUUCCACCUUUCGCACCUUCGGCCUAGAACCAACGUUUACCAACGUGUACGCCGAGAGAAGUGCGUGAGUGUGAGGAGUGUUUGAAAGAGGGGGAUUUUACGUAUUUUUUCCCUCGAACUUCAAAUUGAUGGGUGGCCUACGUGCGGUUAGUCGAGGUAAACCUUGUCAACAUCCGACGACGGCGACCUUUGAACACGCUCUCAUUUGACCCUCCAGUCCGUUCAUGGAGAUACCAGCACGUACCCACUGCUGAUCAAAUGCAUCCCCCACACACCAUCACAAAGAAGUAGCUUUUCUUGGGCUCUCAAGUCCUACCUUUUCCUCUUCCCCGCCUAAUCUAUGUUCUCAUGGCUUCAAUGAAAGUCGAUAUCCUCUUUAGCAAGGAAAAGGGGCAAAUCCUGUACCUCGAGGCGGGGAAGGACUUCAUUGAUCUCCUCAUGGCUCUCCUUCGGAUGCCAACGGCCAACAUGAUCAGACUCCUCACGGAGGGUGGGAUCACAGCCAAGAGAAGCGUUGGGAUCUUCAAUGUCUUCUCCAGUGCGGAUAAGCUCGACAGGUCUUACAUGAAGGUGGACAAGAGCUUCGUUGUGAACCCGUCGCCACCGGAAGGGACUCAGGUGCACCUGCUUGGUUGGCAGGAGGUCAGACAGCAACCUGCAAGUGGCGGUUACUUCACGUGCUCCACUUCAAAUCAUUUGUAUGUCGCGCUUGGACCAGGUGCUAAGUGUGGGUCAUGUGGGAGAAUCAUGACCCAGAACAUCGAACCUAGGCAUGGGUACACUUUGAACGAAUCAGCGACCUUGUAUACAUGCUAUUGUCGCAGCUACUUGGCAAACUCGGAAACGUCAUGCGAUUGCUGUGGUAACUACAUGGACCAGCAACUUACCCUGGUGCCGGUAGUUGCAGAGCAGCUUUCUGGAGGCUUCGUGAAGGAGACGCUGACCUUCAUGGUUACAGACAACCUGGAGUUCUUCCCCAGCUCCACCAUCAAGAGCAUCAGUCUGCUUAAUACCCUGGGAGUGAAGUCCAUGGCUGACCUGGAGAGCUAUGAGACAACUGUGACCAAGGACCAUGCUCUCGCACUUGUCCAAGCUGCACUGACAUCUACGUCUGCUCUGAAUGAUGUUUUUGGGAGCCUUGUUGCCACUAGGAAGAAGUGAUCAUGACUAGUCAACGUGGACUUACCACACCAGAUUCGUUGGAGAAUUCAAAGGUGUUGGGCUGAGAAAAGCCCUUAGGAUCUUUUGCAGAGACUAAGUCCCAGCUGUAAAGACUUGAGACUUGGAGUAGUGCAGCGGAAGUUGAGGCAGUUGAACCCUUGUACUAGUAUGUGAGAACAAGUGAUUAAUUAAGGAAACAAGCAUAC